AUGCUGCUGAACGUGGAGACAAAUCAUUCAGUAAUGCAUGGUCAUGAACACCGCCUCAUCGGAAGCAUGCGCAAUGACAGCGCAUUGCAUUCAUGGAACGACUCCUCGAAGGUCUUUUAUCCUAAGUCGUUCUACGCCACUGCUACCAACAAGAAGAACAACAAGCUGGCCACUGCCAGCUUGAACAAGACGAUCGCGAGUACAAGAACAGUAAGCGACCAGAGCUACUUCUGUUCUUCUGCUGGAGCACCACUCGAUGGGCCAGCGGGUUCUCGAAGUAGCAAUGUACCCACCAAGAGGAAGAGCUUUAAGCGGACCAGAAUACUGAAGGCUCGAGUCGAUUCCGAAAUGUCAAACGAAAAUCGCUCAUCUUUCAUGACCCCGUCUUUAAGUUCGGUUUUGUCGCAGGUCAAGAAAUCAAAUUCUGUAAAGACAGUAUCGGGCGAUUGUCCGAUACAUGAGAACCUCUUGACACAGAGCAUUAAGAGGAAGUUUUCGGAGGAGACGCAAAGUGACUGUUCUUCUUUGGGCUCGUCCAAAGACCAUCCCUUGACAGAUAACAUUGCAGAGGCUGCCGAUGCGCAGACCCCCGCCAUCGACGACGAAAACCAGAUCGAGGCGGAGGCGCCCAAGAUAAAAAUACUAAACAUGAAGGACCUUGACCUGUUCGAUGACUGGGAGGUUAAGGAUCUGGUAGACCUGUUCCCACCCGUAUACGAAAGACAUUCGCAACCGUUGUCUGAUCUGUCGCCGGUACCGUCGCUGUCCGAUGCGAGUGCAAAACCUCGACCAACCUCUGUGGACUUCCAGAUUGUCAACAAAACGGGCGGCGCCUCGAGAAGGAAGAGCAAGAGCAAGUCCACCACAGAAAACAUGAUAUACGAGAACGACCUGGUUGAACUGGAACAGUGGCCUUCCACCACGCCAUCUUCCGAGACCAAGGACGCGGCUGCUCCUAACGACCUGCUUCUACCGAACAAAAGAAUAAGACAGAAAAGUUUGAACACAAACUUCUUAAAAUUGUAUUCCAUCGAAACAUCUUGCAAAAGAAAAAAUAUUCUACCAGAAGUGGAGGUGGACGACCAUCUGCUGAAGCAACUCACAUACUCCGAUAUCUGGUCGUUGGAGAUAAAAAAGGAACCCAAGGUCUCCACACGGGACAUCAAAAUUGCCCUCAUCACCAGAAAAAAACUGUGGUCAGACAUGGUCCACGAAACAAGGAACGAUCUCUUUGGUGAUUCCACGCCGUGGAACCUGCCUUUCAUCGCAACGGCGUCCACGGUGCCGCCAGCGCCGGACCACGAACCCGCAAACGAACCCGGAACGAUGGACCCAAAGAGCUCUUUGGUUCGCGUGCACUCGGACGUCAAACCUUGGUUCAACAAUCGCGGUACAAUGCUCAAACCAUGCGGGAAACUAAGCUUGGGUAAAGUCUCAAACAAGACUACUGCACCCACAAGAGAUAUCCAGUAUGUCGUAAAGGGCUGGUGCGACGCCAGGUUUGUGUGA